CCCAUUUGCCUUUCUCUUCGAUGUCAAAGCCACUUUUGGCUCCAUCUCCAUAACUAGAAUAGUCCUUAAAGCUUCAUCCUUCACAAUCAGAAGGUGCAUGGCCAUUUUGAGCUAAGUUCUGAAUCAAAUCACUAAGGAAUCCCAAAAGUUUUGGCUAAAUCUUUAAAGAUCACAUAUGAGUACAAAUGGAAUUAAAAAGGGUGAAGCUUUUCUUCGUCCUUGUUUCUGAGACCUCUGCCAUCACCAACCUUCAAAAUUCGAACAGCUUUUGGUUUUGCCUCUCAAAUCCUGUCCAAAUUCACCGUUGGGAGAACCCUAAUUUUUUUAUAUAAAUACUCUUUUUACCUUCUGUCAAAGGAUCAUGUUUGGGAGCCGCCAUUGAAACACUACUAUAUUUCUUACUCUUACCAUUGUUCUUGUCCCUUAGAAACUCUAAGAAAGUACUUUCAAACUUUUAUCUUCUGUCCCGGUGUACUUUAGCCGGGAUAGAGGUGUUUGAAUUUAUUGGCUCGGGGUUCGGAUCUGUUCAUAACGAGAGAGUAGAUUCGAAGGCGACGCCCCGUUCACUGCUCACAAAAAGUCGAGCGGACUUCUGGAGAGAUAGUGCUACCCAUCCUAGCUGGAGGAGUCACCCUGAAAACAACGUUUCAUGUCAUGGACCAAGAUACAGCCAACAACGCCAUCAUAGGGCGCCUGUGGAUACACGCCAUGCGAGCAGUCCCGUCCAGUCUCUCUCAAGUAAUCAAGUUUCCUACUCCAUGGGGAGUAUUCAGCAUCCGGGGCGAACAACGCACCGCACAGGAAUGCUAUCGCAUCGCCCAAGAUUGCACCCAUACCCAACAACUAAAUGGGGCAAGUGCGGAAGCCUAGCAAUCAGCGAUGUCGGGAAUCAAGCUUCACGAACGAACAGACGUUAUCAAGGAUCCCGACAUCAUGGAAGCAUCCGAGUCGAUAAUAGAGGAUCUCGAUCCCAUCCUACUUGACGGCAACGACAACACGAAAAAGGCUUAUAUCGGCCACAACCUCUUAGAACCAGAUAAGUUUCACAAAUUCUUAACUGACAAUGACGAUCUGUUUGCCUUCUCCCAUGCAGAUAUGCCAGGUAUCCCGAAAGACAUCGCCACGCACAAACUGAAUGUCGAUCCCCUCUACCCGCCAGUCGGCAAAUAAGGAGGAAGUUCAACACUGCAAUCAAGGAAGCCGUCAGCGAAGAAGUCGACAAGUUGCUCACAAACGGCUCCAUCCGAGAGUCAAAAUAUCCCCAGUGGGUCGCCAAUGAGGUCAUGGUAAAGAAGAAAAACGGAAAGUGGCGGAUGUGUGUAGAUUUCACACAUCUAAACAAGGCCCGCCCAAAAGAUUCCUUUCCAUUGCCACACAUCGGCCAGCUCAUCGACGCAGUAGCAGGACACGAGUUGCUAAGCUUCUUGGAUGCCUACUCGAGUUACAACCAGACCCUCAUGGAGGAAGAAGACCAGGAGAAAACUACUUUCAUCACUCACAAAGGAACGUACUGCUAUAAGGUCAUGCCGUUCAGACUAAAAAAUGCAGGAGCGACGUAUCAGAGAUUGGUCACCAAGAUGUUCAAAGACCAACUCGGCAAAACAAUGGAAGUCUACAUCGAUGACAUGCUGGUUAAGUCCAAGAGGAAAGAAGAUCAUAUCGAUCAUCUGAAGGAAGCCUUCGACAUAUUAAGGCAGUACGACAUGAAACUAAACCCCGAAAAAUGCGCUUUCGGCGUAACCUCAGGCAGGUUCCUCGGUUUCCUGGUAUCGCAAAGAGGCAUCGCGGUCAACCCAGAUCAGAUUAAGGCCAUCAAAGGAAUACCAGAAAUGUUAACCAGCAAAAAACAGGUACAAAAACUGACAGGUCGGAUAACCGCCCUGUCAAGAUUCAUCUCACGAUCGUCAUAUAGGUGUCAUAAGUUUUUCAGUGUGCUGAAGAAAGACAACGGGCUCCAGUAGAAUUCGGAGUGUGUCGAUGCCCUGAGAAAUCUGAAAACCUACUUGUCCUCACCACCGUUACUCGCCAAGGCAGAACAAGGCGAAUGCCUCCUUGUCUAUCUAGCCGUCUCCGAAGUCGUGGUAAGCGCGGUUUUGGUCCUUGAGAGUAAAGGUACGCAAUCUCCAAUUUACUAUAUCAGCAAAACUUUGGUUGACGCCGAAACGAGGUAUCCCCACCUCGAAAAAUUGGCUCUGGCAUUGGUCGUAGCUUCACGAAAGCUCAGACCAUAUUUUCAGUGUCACCCCAUAAAAGUGGUAACGUCUUUUUCCCCUCAGGAGCAUCCUGCAUAGACCCGAGCUGUCGGGUCGAUUGGCCAAAUGGGCCAUAGAAUUGAGCGAACAUGAUAUAACAUA